GCAAUCGUACCCAUUGGAUCCAGAUAUCCAACGCUUCAGAAUGGGUGCUGUAGGCGCAGACACAUGCAUCCCCUCCCCACCCCCCGAGUCGUCGACCUCUCCUCGUUCCUCACAACCACCGCGAUCUCUCGCCCUCGAUGGCUCGAUCCCUCUCUCCGCCGCUCCCUCCGCCACUCCCGGCAUCCAACGCGCCUCCUCCGUGCUCUCCUCCCCAUCGCCACUGCGGUGCCUCGCCGAAAGACGUUGCCCCCACUCAUCCAUCCAGGGCGUCAUCGUCGUGCGAUCCUGGUGCGGCCGCGACCUCACGCACGCAUCUCUCUCUAUAGAUUAGGGUUGGGGACUCGCGGCUGGGUGGCUGGGCGGUUGGGUGAAGCAGCAAGCCAGCAACGAGGUGCUUCGGCGAGCCGGCGAUAGCGAAUAAGCGGAGGCGGGCGCAGUCAUGGAACAGCAGCCGGGCGCCGCGGUGGCGAGCCGGCGAGCAGCAUAUGGAGGCAGAGCAGGCAAGGGCGCAAGGUACCAGGCGACUGGGCAACGAGACUGCCGACGCUGACAGCCGAGCAGCUAGCAGAUUAGGCGGCGAGCAACAGCAGCUAGAAGAACAACUAAGCAACCGGAAAGCGUAGGUCCAGGAAGAAUCAAGCGGAAGUUCAGGGACAUGCACUUGGGAAUCUGCUGAAGUUUUCUCUGACAUGAUACGGCAAUGGAGGGAAGUGGACAAAGUGAUAAGGGUGGACAUGUUACAUGGACAUCUUCAAUGUCUACCUACAUGCUUGAAUACCUCGAGGGUAUUGUUGCUAGUGGGAACAAAACUUCCUCGGGGUUUAAGCAAGUCCACUUGAAGGCUUGUGCUAAAGCUUUGAAUGAUCACUUCAAUAUUAAUUUGACUUCAGAUCAGAUUAAUAAUCACAUUAGGACUUGGAAAAGAAAAUAUUCUAAGAUAGCUGAUCUAAGGAAGUUGAGUGCUGCUCUUUGGGAUGAUGAGAAUUUUAUCAUAUUACUUGAUCAUAAACAUUACGCAGACCACAUCAAGGAUCACAAGGCUGAUGCUGAAUAUCUGAACAAAUCUAUUCACAAUUAUGGCAAGAUGCUUGUGAUAUUUGGCAAUAGUUUGGCUACAGGGAAAUAUGCAAAAGGGUCAGGUGAUCCUCUAGCCAAUGAAUCUAUUGCCAUUGAUGAUGAUGAAGAAGAAGAAAUUGGUAUUGGAAGUGCUGCAGCAACUGGAUCAGCUAGUAGAGUUCAUGCCCUUAAUGAGGAGAAUGGUGCAUCAUCUUCAGCACCCAAACCCAAGAAAACAAAGACUGCUGCUGCAAUUGAAGAGGAAGGGCUGAUAGGUGCAUUUAAAUCUGUUGGUGACAAGCUUGCUGGAGCAAUAGUUGAAGCUGGAAAAGAGGCUGCAAAAUCUAACAAAGAGCUGCCCGAUAACCUGUAUGAGAGUGUGCAUAGCAUUCCAGGGUUUGAAGAUACAUAUCUUGCUCAUUAUCAUGCACAUCUAGUUGACAAUCCUCCAACUGCAAGGGUGUUUGUUACCCUUGAAUUUGCUCACAAGGUCACUUGGGUUGCAAGAUAUAUUGCCACCACUUUUAAUGGGUGAACUGUGCUGUGAUGGUUGUGUGAUGCUGUUGGUAGUUGCCCUGUGUUCAACCUUCUUUUGCAUACUCAGACAAUGAACUAUGAGUAUUGAGUGUGAUGGUAGCUGUUAGAUGGUAGUAGGCAUGCAUUCAACCUUCUUUUGCAUACUCAGACAUUAAACUAUGAGUAUUAAGUGUGAUGGUAUUUGGUAGAUGGUAAUAGGCUUGUGUUAGCCUACUUUUGUCCCUAAACCAGUCACUUUUAUGGCUGUAUGGUUGAUGGUAAAAUUCAGAUGUGGUGGUUCCAUUGGAUGAUGGUUAAUUGAUAUAUUUUUUCAUAUUUCA